AUGGACUCGCGGGUUCGGUGCAAGGUCGACCAUGCCAAGGAGGUCAUCGUGACCAACUUUCGCAAGCGGCGGUGGGUCAUUGUGGAUGACGAUGACGACACAUGGCACUUUUACUGGGGCACGGGAUCAGCGGCGCGCAACACGUUCAAUCCCGAGAUCGGGUUCCGGCUGGCCGACAAUCAAUUCAUCAACCACUUUCCAAACCACUUUGAGCUGACCAAGAAGGACCUGAUGGUGAAGAACAUCAAACGGUACCGGAAGGAGCUGGCCAAGGAGGGCCGCAUGGCCGAGUACGAGGCAAGCGACUUUCUGCCGACGACCUACACGCUCCCGGCCGACUACCACCUGUUCAUCGAAGAGUACAAGCGCCGGCCGGCAACGUCAUGGAUUGUCAAGCCGGCCGGUGGCUCGCUUGGCUCGGGCAUUUUUAUCAUGAAAAAGCUCUCGCAGCUGCGCAAGUGGAAGGCGCAAAAGCAGGCGGCCGGCUCGUCGGUCAAAUGGGUUGUCUCGCAGUACAUUGACAACCCGCUGCUCAUCGGCGGGCGCAAGUUUGACCUCCGCAUCUACUUUCUGGUGCUCUCGUACCGCCCGCUGAGGGUGUACAUGCACUCGAUGGGCUUUGCUCGGUUCUGCACCGCCAAGUACGACACCGAGGUUCUCGAUCCCGAGGACCUAAUGCAACACCUGACCAAUGUCGCCAUCCAAAAGCACGGUGACGAGUACAACUCGGCCCACGGCGGCAAGUUCUCGCUGCAGAAUCUUCGCCUCUUUGUUGAAGGCACCCACGGGCGCGCUGCCGCCCGCAAGCUCUUUGCCGACAUCAAGGCCAUUGCCUUUCACGCCUUUUCCGCCGUCAAAAACGUCAUCAACUCGGACCGCCACUGCUUCGAGUGCUACGGCUACGACGUGCUCGUCGACGACACCCUCAAGCCGUGGCUCGUCGAGGUCAACGCCUCGCCGUCGAUGUCGGCCACAACCCAGACCGACCGGACCGUCAAGCACACCGUCAUCAACGACGUCAUCAACAUGGUCCUCCCCGCAGGCUUUCCCGACCUUGCCGCUUGCAAGCUUGGCGUCGGCUCCAACCUCGACGCGCCCAUGGGUGGUUUUGAGCUCGUUGUUGAUGAGCUCAAGGACGCCGCCCGCCCGGGCAGUGCCUCGCCGCGCCCGCCGCCCUCGUCCGCCGCCGCUAGCACCCGUGUCCGUCGCGCCCGCGCUCGCUCGCGAACUCGCGGAUCCACAGCCGGCCGCCCUAGUAGCGCAGCCGGCACUCGGACGCCGCGGUCGCGCCCGGCCUCGCGGACCUCGUCGUCCCGCCCGGCCUCUCGCCGGCGGUGA